ACCCGUUCGCACCUUUCACGGCGCGUUCCGCCCACCCGCGUCGCGAUUGGUCACCGGUGCGUUUAAAGCCGUCUGGAAACAGGCAGCGCAAUUCUGACCUUACUGAUGAAUUGAUACUCUAAAAGAAGACAUCGCAUUUACGGUCUUCACUCAGAGUUCAUUUGGACAUCUCCAAGCAUCCGCGCUCGGUGCGUGUGGGAGAUGAGCAGUCCCGAUGCCGGCUAUGCCAGUGACGACCCGAGCCAGACCCGUGGCUCCAGCUCAGUCAUGAUGCCCGGCAUGAGGCAGUGCACGUGGGCAGACCCGCUCAGUCCGCUAGCCGAACCCAAAACCAAGAGCGAGACGUGUCCGGCUGCCGGUCCCGGGCGCGCGAAGACCGAGGCGCGCAUCCGCAGGCCGAUGAACGCGUUUAUGGUGUGGGCGAAAGAUGAGCGCAAAAGGCUGGCGCAGCAAAACCCGGAUCUCCACAACGCGGAGCUCAGCAAAAUGCUCGGUGAGUGGAAUAUGUAAAGAUUUAACAUUUCUAUAUAUUUUUGUGGGCAA